CCGUUUCCCACGCAACGUGAGAACCACUGCAAUCACAGCCAAACAACCCAUGUGUGAAUACUGUUAGGUCUCAUACAUAGUCUUCCACGUCUGUACUGCAUCUCGGAUCUGGCGUAGCUUCUAUACUAUUGGCCGUUGAAAUCACCACAAUGCUCGGUGUUCGAGACGCGGCGCAGGAGUAUGUCGUCCGGCCCGUAUCGACCUUCCUGGAGCCAUAUCUGCGGCUCGGAUAUGAGGGCGUCUCGUCCACAAAGACCCAGAAAGUCGCACUCAACGUUGGGAUUUUUGGGUCCCUAUUUGGCGCCCUCCUCACCAUUGCUUUGACGAUAUAUGGACUCUUCUACUGCAUAUACAUCCCGCAAGUCACUCACGCAAUACCAGUGUAUCUGCAGUAUGGCGAGCCCUCAGCGAGCGUCAGAUCGUUUGCGAGGAAGCGAGCACCACAUUGCGCCAAAUACGCAAUACUCUCGUCAGCCCCGUACCGCAAUCUUCUACUCCCGGGGGCUUCAACCAUCCAACCAUGCUCAACCACGCAUGAUCUUUGUAGAGCACCCGAGACGUCAAUGCACCCGCAUGCCCUCGUGGACUUUUCGGCGAAUACGUUUAGCAGACAGUCCACGUAUUUGACGCCCGAACAACAUUACAACUUUGCCUUGGAACUUUCAGUGCCUGAUUCUCACAGCAACUUCGAUCUGGGCAAUUUCAUGGUGUACAUAGACCUCCAAUCGAAAGCAAACAAGACAUUGGCAUCCUCCAGCAGAACGGGAAUCUUGCAAUAUCGAACACCUUUAUUGCGGACGAUGCUCACCAUUUGGAAAGGGCUGCCUCUGGUAUUUGGGUGGACAAAGGAAGCACAAAGCAUAUUUGUACCGCUCGUGGAGAAAUAUGAAGAGAUGAGGGAGCAUCCCACGCACCAUGCUCUCGUCCGAUUGUCCGACAGCAAACUCCAGCUGUAUCAAGCCACUCUGCACAUCGACGCAAGUUUCCAGGGACUCCGAUACUUCAUGUACCACUGGAAGCUGAGCACGGGAUCCGUGUUCGUAGCAGCGAUCAUGUUCUGGGAGACGUUGGCAUUCUUCAUGGUCUGGCGAGUUCUCGUGGCUUGCUUCAAAACCAGGGGUCCUGGCGAUGAGUCUGCGCCCACAUCCAGCGCGAGUAGCAUCGCAGGCGGCUCGCAAACCCCAGAAGACGCGGACAAAGCACAGCGAGGACAAGAGCAGUCGAUACUGAACGAGACCUUGGACGCGCGCCUGAUCGAGCAGAUGGACAACGAUGAAGGCUUCUCUCCACCUGCGAGUGUGUAUCCCAUCGCGAACAUGGCUUUAUCGCCGCGAUCCAUGUCAUCGGCACCAUCCUACCACUCUGGUCCGUUUGGAUCGCCGCCGCAAUACGCUAUGCACGCCACGCCUCCACCAUCAUUUGACGGGCGACAAUCGCCAUUCGUGAAAGGGUCCGCGUACUCCUAUGCAUUCAGCAGAGCGGGCGGAACAAAUGGUCGGCUACCAUACAUCAGCUAUAGCACCAAAAUGACGGGUUUGAGCAGCAGCUCCAUCGGCGGAUCUGUCCCUGAUGCAUCCACUUCAUCAGAACCCGCCCCUCAAAUCUUAAGCACGGUUGCUGCUUCGCCUGAAGGUCUCACAGAGGAGAUGAUUUCUGCGCUGCCGAGCACUUCCGUGGACGGCAAAGAGCAUCCAGGUUUACCCCACGAGGACACCCAACUGACGCUAGAGUCACCGCCCUCGCCAGACAUGCAAUCCCUUGGGCGCGGGCGCGAAGGGGCCGUCGCCGUCGCACCAGUAGGCUCCCAGAGCGGCACAAUGCUGCGAAGGCGGUCAACAUACCACAUGUUGAGUGACGACGAGGAGCGAAACGUGUCCCUCCAUAUGGAAGGGAUACUGGGCGACCCGCCGGAAACGGUACCACCUAGUGGUAUCGUCGUGGAACAGACCGUGGUUCAGGAGGUAGCGGUUGAGCUAACACCGUCGCCGCUCAAUGUGCCUGAACCCGCUGCGGAUGAGUCGAGCGACACCUCCAUCACCGAUUUCGAGGCGGAAACAGCGUCAGGAAUAACGACCCCUGGGUCGAAGGCUGACUGGUGUGAAGUCAUACCUGACCCUGACGAGCAACACGAGUCUGAUACCGAAGAGUGAAAUUGGAACGAAUUGCAACGCAAGAUGUCUUUGGAAACUUGAUACGUGCGCGACACCAUCCUCACGCUUCCUCCCACGAAGUUAGAAAUCCCAAUUGUACAUAGACAGCCAUACGUACGAAGUGUGUCCCAGUGCGUAGGCAGGUGUGCCAAGUCAUGUUAUUAGUGCCCUGUCUUUAAGUCAAUACGUAUGCCUCACUUUGGGACCCGAGAAUUUAUCGUCGAACGCAAGACUAGCAUUGCGGACCGCGGUGCAUGUGUCAAGGUCGUCGGUGUCCAGAGUGGUAGAAAGGGUGGUAGUGUCCUCGGCGUCGGGGCGAUUCUUCGAGUUCGGUCAUCAGGGCAAUUGAGUCAGCAAUUGAG